UAGCUGGGUCGGGUAGGGAAGCGCGUGCAGAAACGGAGGCGUUGCCUGUUGGACUCGUCGGCCGCCGUAGCCCCUGCUAGGACAGCCCGUACGAGCCUGCUGGAGGAGGAAGAGAAAGGCAGAGAGAAUCGGGUUACAAGAUGGCGGAUCUGUAGUAGUUACCGCGGCGGCGGCGGCAGUGGGAGAGCGAGCGAGCUCUGGGGGGCAAAGGGCGGGGAGGGUGGGUGUGUGCGGGGGUGCACUGAGGGGUAACCGGGACUUCGGGCUGAAAGGUCUCAGUGGCUCUUGUUGCCUCUUCCCGCGGCUGAACCUUGGGAGCCAUGGUGAACUCAGGCCUCUCCGGAGCCGCCGCUGCUUUCGCCACCGCCGCUACCGUCUCUCAAGAGUGAGGGGCGCGGACGAGGUGAGCGAGGAGGCGGCGGCUGCAGCAGUGGGCACAGCAGCCACCAUGUCGGAUACGCGGCGGAGAGUGAAGGUCUACACCCUGAACGAAGAUCGGCAAUGGGACGACCGAGGCACCGGGCACGUCUCCUCCACUUAUGUGGAGGAGCUCAAGGGGAUGUCGCUGCUGGUUCGGGCAGAGUCCGACGGAUCACUACUCUUGGAAUCAAAGAUAAAUCCAAACACUGCAUAUCAGAAGCAACAGGAUACAUUAAUUGUUUGGUCAGAAGCUGAAAACUAUGAUCUGGCACUAAGUUUUCAGGAAAAAGCUGGUUGUGAUGAGAUCUGGGAAAAAAUUUGUCAGGUUCAAGGUAAGGAUCCAUCUGUGGAAGUCACACAGGAUCUCAUUGAUGAAUCAGAAGAAGAAAGAUUUGAAGAAAUGCCUGAAACAAGUCAUCUGAUUGACCUGCCCACAUGUGAACUCAAUAAACUUGAAGAGAUUGCUGACUUAGUUACCUCAGUUCUCUCCUCACCUAUCCGUAGGGAAAAGCUGGCUCUGGCCUUGGAAAAUGAAGGCUAUAUUAAAAAACUACUGCAGCUGUUCCAAGCUUGUGAGAACCUAGAAAACACUGAAGGCUUACACCAUUUAUAUGAAAUUAUUAGAGGAAUCUUAUUCCUAAAUAAGGCAACUCUGUUUGAGGUAAUGUUUUCUGAUGAGUGUAUCAUGGAUGUCGUGGGAUGCCUUGAAUAUGACCCUGCUUUGGCUCAGCCAAAAAGGCACAGAGAAUUCUUGACCAAAACUGCAAAGUUUAAGGAAGUUAUUCCAAUAACAGAUUCUGAACUAAGGCAAAAAAUACAUCAGACUUACAGGGUACAGUACAUUCAGGACAUCAUUUUGCCUACGCCAUCAGUUUUUGAAGAGAAUUUUCUUUCUACUCUUACAUCUUUUAUUUUCUUCAACAAAGUUGAGAUAGUCAGCAUGUUGCAGGAAGAUGAGAAGUUUUUGUCUGAAGUUUUUGCACAAUUAACAGAUGAGGCCACAGAUGAUGAUAAACGACGAGAAUUGGUUAAUUUUUUCAAGGAAUUUUGUGCAUUUUCUCAGACAUUGCAACCUCAAAACAGGGAUGCAUUUUUCAAGACUUUGGCGAAGUUGGGGAUUCUUCCUGCUCUUGAAAUUGUAAUGGGUAUGGAUGAUUUGCAAGUCAGAUCAGCUGCUACGGAUAUAUUUUCUUACCUAGUAGAGUUUAGUCCAUCCAUGGUCCGAGAAUUUGUAAUGCAAGAAGCCCAGCAGAGUGAUGAUGAUAUCCUUCUUAUUAAUGUAGUAAUUGAACAAAUGAUCUGUGAUACUGAUCCUGAGCUAGGAGGUGCUGUUCAGUUAAUGGGACUUCUUCGUACUCUAAUUGAUCCAGAGAACAUGCUGGCUACAACUAAUAAAACUGAAAAAAGUGAAUUUUUAAAUUUCUUCUACAACCAUUGUAUGCAUGUCCUCACAGCACCACUUUUGACCAAUACUUCAGAAGACAAAUGUGGAAAGGAUAAUAUAGUUGGAUCUAACAAAAACAGCACGAUUUGUCCUGACAAUUAUCAAACAGCACAGCUGCUUGCCUUAAUUUUAGAGCUACUCACAUUUUGUGUGGAACAUCACACGUAUCACAUAAAAAACUAUAUUAUGAACAAGGACUUGCUAAGAAGAGUCUUGGUCUUGAUGAAUUCCAAGCACACUUUCCUGGCUUUGUGUGCUCUUCGUUUUAUGAGGCGGAUAAUCGGCCUUAAAGAUGAAUUUUAUAAUCGUUACAUCACCAAGGGAAAUCUUUUUGAGCCAGUUAUAAAUGCUCUUCUGGAUAAUGGAACUCGGUACAAUCUAUUGAAUUCAGCUGUUGUUGAGUUAUUUGAAUUUAUAAGAGUGGAAGAUAUCAAGUCUCUUACUGCACAUAUAGUUGAAAAUUUUUAUAAAGCACUUGAAUCGAUUGAAUAUGUUCAGACAUUCAAAGGAUUGAAGACUAAAUAUGAGCAAGAAAAAGACAGACAAAAUCAGAAACUGAACAGUGUACCAUCUAUAUUACGUAGUAACAGAUUUCGCAGAGAUGCAAAAGCCUUGGAAGAGGAUGAAGAAAUGUGGUUUAAUGAAGAUGAAGAGGAGGAAGGAAAAACAGUUGUGGCGCCAGUGGAAAAAUCUAAGCCAGAAGAUGAUUUUCCAGAUAGUUAUGAAAAAUUCAUGGAGACCAAAAAAGCAAAAGAAAGUGAAGACAAGGAAAAUCUUCCCAAAAGGACAUCUUCUGGUGGCUUCAAAUUUACUUUCUCCCACUCUGCCAGUGCUGCUAAUGGAACAAACAGUGCAAACAGUAAAUCUGUAGUGGCUCAGACACCACCAGCAAGUUCUAAUGGAUCCUCUUCCAAAACAACAAACUUGGCUACGUCAGUAACAGCCACCAAGGCAAGUUUGGUUGGUUUAGUGGAUUAUCCAGAUGAUGAGGAGGAAGAGGAAGAAGAAGAAACAUCUCCCAGGAAAAGACCUCGUCUUGGCUCAUAAAAUAUUUACUGGAGACCCUCAACAUGUGGUCUUUCUAAAAUGCUGCAACUGUUCAAUGAGCUGAAAAUCUGAAUCAGAAAGCUUUCUCACUUGAACUUAUAAAUAUACAAGGAGUAGCAAAAGACACUCAGUAUAUCAGCUAGGAGAAUUUAGUUCUGUAAAGAAACAGGCUUCCCAGGAACUUGAUCACUUGCUAGUAAUUAAGGGGUUUGCCUUUUAGGCUGUCAAAAAAAAAAAAAAAAGGGUUAGUAACCAGAACCUGGGAAAUAGCUUCUUAGUAAGGAAACUCUCAGGUUUUGGGACGGUUUGAGGGAGGGACAAAGUUGGUAAAAUACUAUUAAUGCAGGGUUGCUCCCGGGGGUUUUCCAAUCUAGAAACAAUUGUAAAACUUAAGUUGCAAACCCAACAACAUUACUUGUAUAAUGGUGCUGGCCAUGUUGUUCUUUUAAUCAGUUGCCUCUUUUUAAAAGAAAUUUUUAUGGAAAGCAAAUUCAACUAUCAUAAAAAAUGAAGUUAAGCUGUGGGACCAUUUAUUUGAAGAUUUAACAAAAAUUCAGCCUUAUUGGCAGUUGGAGGAAAAUACACCCUGUAUUACAGCACAUACUGAGUUUUCUACACUAGGAAUUUUUAGUAUGUAUUUUGAUGAAAACAAGCUGGAUUCAAAAUGGACAGUUUUGUUAAUACAGCUUUAAAAUCAGCACUUUUAGAGAUAACAGAUGCAAAGGAUCAGUACAGUAGUAUUCCAAAGUGAUUCUAGAAAUGGGAAUGGACUGAACAGAAUGUUUCAACUGCCAACCAGUACAAUCUUUCAUGGAAGGUACUUUGAAGUCACUUUCUGCUUUCUUUGUAAAGUUGUUUCUCCCACUGCAGAGCUGCAGGCAAGUUUUCAAAUGUAAUUUAUAAAGAAUAAUAUACAAAGAAUAGUGCUGAAUUAAGUGGCAUUCAAUAUCUAGAGGCCAUUUUGAUCCAAGAAGUUACUUCUUUGUCAAAGUCAGUGUGCAGCACAUGAAGCUUUUCCAUAAAUAAACAAGGGUGUAAGAUGAAAGCUGCUUUUUUUUUAAAGAAUAAAAGCACAUUCCAUGUACGUAAAUGAAUUUAAAGUAAUAAAUUGAGGCAAACAGUUAAGAGGUUUUAUUUUUAGAACAGCAAGUUAACUGUAAAUAUUUUAAUGUUAGUUUGCUCAUCUAUGAUCUGAGAUCAUGCUGAAGGGAGAAAAACGUCCCCCAAACUACAAUUUAAUGCAUUGGGAGAAAAAAAAUACUAAAAAUAGUAAUUCCAGCUACAGUCUUCAGAUCACCCUUGUAAUGUGUUAUGGGUCCAUUUUUCCUGGAAUAGCUUAAACUGAAGCAGUUUCCCCUGUUUUGGAGAUUUUGUAGUUAAUUUUAAUUUUGGCUAUUGUUUGGAAAAGAUGGGCUGUCUGUGUAGAUAUGAAGUAUAGUUUUUCCAUAAAACAGAUGUUUAUUUUGUAUUAAAAAUACCACUGUACUUGUUUUACACCAUUUGUAUACAUGUGGUGAUAUUAAUGCUGAACUGUAAAAUUCAGGAAUUAAAAUGUGACCCUGUAAUUCUAUGGUUGUUGCUUUUGUUUGGUUUGUUGUAAAUUUAAUUCCAUUUUGAGAUAUGUCCAUUUUAUAAGUGUCUUUUAAAAGCCAGUACGUUAUCCAUAGAUAAUUAUAAACCACUCUGUCAUACACCAAUCUGAAUGAAAGCACUCUAAACAAACAAGGGUCAACUGCACUUUAAAAAUCACUGACUCUACUUAUAGAAGGUGUGCCUUAGGCAAAUAAAACCCCCACCAAAGCAUCACAGCUUGGGGCUAUUAUCACCUCUUUGAUUAAAGUUACAUACAAUGAAAAAAGACUCUCCACCUCAUAAAGGCAGGUGACUCAGGAUAAUUUAAACCAAGAUCAGUAAAGUUACCAUAUGAAUACAUUUUCUUUCAAGGAAAUUUUAUCAAGCCCCCUUCACUCUUCUUAGCUAUUAUUAAAUUUCCUCUUGUAAUCUAAGAAGCCCCGACCUAAAGCAUUUCCCUAUUUACUCUUGACUCUUCCUCAUUAAGUAAUUUAAGUUUCAGUGGGAAGUGUUAUUUUUAUGUAUCUUACUAAGUUCCUUUAAUUUUUCCUUUCUCAAGAACUGCCACAAGUCUUAAACAUUUAAAUCAUAAUCAUCAUAGGAACCUUUUCUUAUAGUAGAAAUGUGAAUGUUUUGUUGAAUUAUAGGAUAACUUUUCAUGGUACAGAUGUUCACCCACAAUGAUAUGAGAACAAGACAUAAAAUGUCCCUUGAAAGAAUAACUCAACAUUCCACAUGUUAGCUACUGUCUUGAAUGACUAACCUCAAGCAGAUCAAGAUUUUUUUAUCUUUAUCUUUCACUCAGUGAAGCAAGCCAGAGCCCACAUUUGUAUGCCUGAGGUUUUCUUAAAAUUUUAUCUGUAAACAUGUAUCCAAUAUAAAAAUUAUUUUUAAUAAAAAGUUAUCUGAAACAGA